ACUUUAUUGUUCCAUCCAGGAAGACACGACAGGCUACGUGUCAGGAAACGGCAAAAGGCAAUCCAAGCCCUUGGAGUACUAGAAUUCACCUGUUUAUGAGGCGUACGAAGUUUAUUUGGCUAAUAGUAAAUACAUUGUUACUAAGACCGCGCCAAUAAGAAGUCACGAUGUUGACCAAAUUUGAAACAAAGUCCGCCCGUGUUAAAGGGCUGAGUUUCCAUCCCAAGAGGCCAUGGAUCCUGGCCAGUCUGCACAACGGCGUCAUACAGCUGUGGGACUAUCGUAUGUGUACACUGAUCGACAAGUUUGAUGAACACGACGGCCCCGUCAGAGGUAUUGACUUCCACAAGCAGCAGCCUCUCUUUGUAUCCGGGGGAGAUGACUACAAGAUCAAGGUGUGGAACUAUAAGCUGAGACGCUGCCUCUUCACUCUUCUCGGACACCUGGACUACAUCAGAACCACAUUCUUCCACCAUGAUUACCCCUGGAUUCUGAGUGCUUCAGAUGACCAGACCAUUCGCAUCUGGAACUGGCAGUCAAGGACCUGUGUCUGCGUGCUCACCGGGCACAACCACUAUGUGAUGUGCGCCCAGUUCCACCCCUCCGAGGACCUGGUGGUGUCGGCCAGCCUGGACCAGACCGUGCGCGUGUGGGAUAUCUCCGGUCUGCGGAAGAAGAACCUCUCCCCUGGCGCGGUGGAGAACGACGUGCGCGGCAUCUCGGGCGUGGACCUGUUCGGGGCGUCGGACGCCGUGGUCAAGCACGUCCUGGAGGGUCAUGACCGCGGGGUGAACUGGGCGGCCUUUCACCCCACCAUGCCCCUCAUUGUGUCUGGGGCUGACGACAGGCAGGUCAAGAUCUGGAGGAUGAACGAGUCUAAGGCCUGGGAGCUGGACACGUGCCGCGGCCACUACAACAACGUGUCCUGCGCCGUCUUCCACCCGCGGCAGGAGCUCAUCCUGUCCAACUCGGAGGACAAGAGCAUCCGCGUGUGGGACAUGUCCAAGAGGACGGGCGUCCAGACCUUCCGCCGCGACCACGACCGCUUCUGGGUGCUGGGCGCGCAUCCCAACCUCAACCUCUUCGCCGCCGGUCACGACAGCGGCAUGCUGGUGUUCAAGCUGGAGCGGGAGAGGCCCGCCUACGCCGUCUACGGCAACAUGCUGUACUACGUCAAGGACCGCUUCCUCCGGCAGCUGGACUUCAACAGCAGCAAGGACACCGCUGUCAUGCAGCUCCGCAGUGGGUCCAAGUUCCCAGUGUUCAGCAUGUCCUACAACCCGGCCGAGAACGCGGUCCUACUCUGCACUAGGGCGACCAACCUGGAGAACAGCACCUACGACCUGUACUCCAUUCCCAAAGAGAGCGACUCCCAGAACCCAGACGCCCCGGAAGGCAAGAGGUCCUCCGGGCUGACGGCCGUCUGGGUGGCCAGGAACAGGUUCGCCGUCCUGGAUCGCAUGCACUCGCUUCUGAUCAAGAACCUGAAGAACGAGAUCGUGAAGAAGGUGCAGGUGCCCAGCUGCGAGGAGAUCUUCUACGCCGGCACGGGCUCCCUGCUGCUGCGCGACGCCGACGGCGUCACGCUGUUCGACGUGCAGCAGAAGCGCUCGCUGGCCACCGUCAAGAUCGCCAAGGUCAAGUACGUGGUGUGGAGUGCCGACACGAGCCACGUGGCGCUGCUGGCCAAGCACGCCAUCAUGAUCUGCAACCGGAAGCUGGAGAGCCUGUGCAACAUCCACGAGAACAUCCGCGUGAAGAGCGGCGCCUGGGACGAGAGCGGCGUGUUCAUCUACACCACAUCCAACCACAUCAAAUACGCCCUCACCUCCGGCGACCACGGCAUCAUCAGGACCCUGGACCUGCCCAUCUACGUGACGCGGGUGCGGGGCAACAGCGUGUACUGCCUGGACAGAGAGUGCCGCCCCCGCGUGCUCACCAUCGACCCCACCGAGUACCGCUUCAAGCUGGCGCUGGUCAACCGCAAGUAUGAGGAGGUGCUCCACAUGGUGCGCAACGCCAAGCUGGUGGGCCAGUCCAUCAUCGCCUACCUGCAGAAGAAGGGCUACCCCGAGGUGGCGCUGCACUUCGUCAAGGACGAGAAGACCCGCUUCAGCCUGGCUCUGGAGUGCGGCAACAUCGAGGUGGCGCUGGAGGCCGCCAAGGCCCUGGACGAGCGCAGCUGCUGGGAGCGCCUGGGCGAGGCCGCACUGCUGCAGGGCCACCACCAGGUGGUGGAGAUGUGCUACCAGAGGACCAAGAACUUCGACAAGCUCACCUUCCUCUACCUCAUCACCGGCAACCUGGCCAAGCUGCGCAAGAUGAUGAAGAUUGCCGAGAUCAGGAAGGACAUGAGCGGGCACUACCAGGGGGCCCUCUACCUGGGGGACGUCAGCGAGCGGGUCCGCAUCCUGAAGAACUGUGGACAGAAGUCUCUGGCCUACCUGACCGCAGCCACCCACGGCAUGGACGAAGAGGCCGAGGCCCUGAAGGAAUCCUUUGACCUGGAGAAGGAGACGAUCCCGGAGGUGGACCCCAAGGCCCAGCUGCUGCAGCCGCCGCCGCCCAUCAACCCCCUGGACACCAACUGGCCGCUGCUCACCGUCUCCAAGGGCUUCUUCGAGGGAGCCAUCGCCGCCAAGGGCAAGGCGGGCCAGAUGGCGGCCGACCUGGACAUGGAGGCCCCGGGAGGGGAGGGCUGGGGAGAGGACGCCGAGCUCCAGCUGGAUGAAGAUGGUUUCAUGGACGCCCAGGACGGCCUGGGGGAGGAGGGAGGACUGGUGAAGGAGGAGGGAGGUGGCUGGGAGGUGGAGGAGGACCUGGACCUGCCCCCGGAGCUGGAUAUGCCGUCAGGCGGCGGAGGCGGGGCUGAGGACGGCUUCUUCGUCCCGCCCACCAAGGGCAUGAGCCCCACCGCGACGUGGUGCAACAACUCCCAGCUGCCCGUGGACCACGUGCUGGCAGGCUCCUUCGAGACGGCCACCAGGCUGCUCCACGACCAGGUGGGCGUGGUGAACUUCGGGCCCUACAAGGCCCUGUUCAUGCAGACGCUGUCCCGAGGCCGCACCUGCUACCUGGGCCUCCCCUCCCUGCCCUGUCUGCGAGGCCACCCCCAGAGGAACUGGAAGGACGCCGGGGCCAAGCAGGGCCUCCCGGCCGUGGGCCUGCGCCUGUCGGACCUCAUCGCCCGGCUGCAGCAGUGCUACCAGCUCACCACGUCGGGCCGCUUCGAGGAGGGCGUGGAGCGCUUCAGGGCCAUCCUGCUCUCCGUGCCGCUGCUGGUGGUCGACAACAAGCAGGAGAUCGCCGAGGCUCAGCAGCUGAUCACCAUCUGCAGAGAGUACAUCGUGGGUCUGACCAUGGAGACGGAGAGGAAGAAGCUGCCCAAAGACACGUUGGAUCAGCAGAAGCGGCUGUGUGAGAUGGCGGCCUACUUCACCCACUGCAACCUGCAGCCCGUGCACAUGGUGCUGGUGCUGCGGACCGCCCUCAACCUCUUCUUCAAGCUGAGGAACUUCAAGACGGCGGCCAGCUUCGCCCGCCGCCUGCUGGAGCUGGGACCCAAACCGGAGGUCGCUCAACAGACACGCAAGAUCCUGGCGGCCUGUGAGAAGACCCUGACCGACGCCCACCAGCUGAACUACGACCCCCACAACCCCUUCGACCUGUGCGCGGCCUCUUACGUCCCCCUGUACCGCGGGCGCCCGGUGGAGAAGUGCCCGCUCUCUGGGGCCUGCUACUGCCCCACGUACAAGGGCCAGGUCUGCAGAGUCACUCAGGCGACUGAGAUCGGCAAGGAUGUGAUUGGACUGCGUGUGAGCCCUCUCCAGUUCCGCUGAGAAGAAAGAAGGCCAACACAGAUAUACAAAUGCAUCCACUUGUUUUUCAAUGAUAACCGAAUUGUCUAGUUAUAAAGCGGAGUAAAUUGCUGAUCUGUAAGAGGGGAUUAUCGUAACUUAAUAUAAAAAUGUGUUUCCUCUCACUGUCUCACUACCUGUCCCGAAAUGUAUAACUUGUUAGGGAUGAUGUCUGUCCUCCAAUGGUUGUGGCUUAUAAAAAAGUGUAGAAUCAUCAUGAUGCUUUUCUCUGGCUCUUAAACUGUAUAGGCCUACAUGAAACAUUACAAAUAAAAGUCCUGUUUAUUAUCUGA